CGAGCAUUCAAAUCUAUCAUCUCUAGUUAUAUAAAUUGUUCUUCAAAUUUUCAUUCAGAAUUUACUAAAAUGAAUUUCUUACAAGUGAGUUUCAUCUACAUGUACUUCAUAUCAGUGAUAACUGUUUUCUCAUUAAUCAAUGUAAGUGAAUGUUUAGAGAAUGAUCCUAAAUUUCAGUUUUUAAACUUCACACCCUUUAGUACUCUUAAUGAUCAAAAUCAGCAAGGUCCCGUAAAUUUGGUUCAAGAUCAACUCUCUGUUUUAUCUCCUGGUGGAAAUCCAACAGAAAGAUCUCAACUACGAUUGAACUCUGAGACUGGUGCUCCUAUUUCACCAGAUUUUAUGCAGAGAUAUUGGAAUAUAACUGGUAAAAGUACUCGUACAUUUAGUAAUGGUCAAAAUAAGCAAGGUCCCGUAAAUUUGGUUCAAGGUCAAAUCUCUGUUUUACCUCCUGGUGGAUAUCCAGAAGGAGGAUCUCAACCACGAUUGGACUCUGAGACUGGUGCUCCUAUUUCACCAGAUUUUAUGCAGAGAUAUUGGAGUUUGUAUAAUGCUUAUUUGUCUAAAAAUAGUAAAAAGUCUACCUAAGUUAAGUGUAUUUAAUUGCUAUUAAAUCAGUUAGUAGCUUAUAAGGUCUAUUAUAAUAAUAACAAUCGUACUGACAAUUUAUUAUGAACAGUGUUUUCCAUUUGAAUUCACCUUCUUUUGCUU